AUGGCCAGCAACGGAGACAAAGACGCCGGCCCGGCGGGCAGGGAGAGCAUCAACACAGAGAUUGUGACCUUGACGAGACACUUGAACGAAGAGCAGACGAAACAUAGGGAAGCUACGGGAGAUUUUACAUUGCUAUGCCACGCCCUGCAAUUCUCCUUCAAGUCGAUAGCCUACUACAUCCGCCGAGCCUCCCUCAUCAACCUCAGCGGCCUGGCCGGCUCCUCCAACACCACCGGCGACGAGCAGAAGAAGCUAGACGUGAUCGGUAACGAUGUCUUCCUCGCAGCCAUGCGCUCGUCCGGCCGCGUCCGGGUUCUGGUGUCCGAGGAAGAGGAAGAGGUCGUAGUCUUCGACGAAUACCCACACGCUCGCUACGCAGUGGCCUGUGACCCCAUCGACGGCAGCAGCAACCUCGACGCUGGUGUGUCGGUCGGCACGAUUUUCGGAAUCUACAGACUGCCUGAGGGAGCAAAGGGUACGAAGGAAGACCUGCUCCUCCCCGCAACGGAGUUGGUGGCGGCUGGCUUCACCAUGUACGGUGCUUCGACACAGCUUGUGUUGACGAUGAAGGACGGGCCGGUCAACGGGUUUACCAUGGAUAACGGGCUCGGAGAGUUCAUCCUUACGCACCCGAACAUGCAGAUGCCGAAGAAGCGCGGUAUUUACAGCUGCAACGAGGGUAACAGCAAGUACUGGGAGGAGCCGGUGAAGGAGUGGUGCGAGAGCUUGAAGAGCGCUGAGAAGCCGUACAGCUCACGAUACAUUGGGUCCAUGGUUGCUGAUGCGUAUCGGACGCUGUUAUAUGGUGGUAUCUUCGCGUAUCCGGCUGACAAGAAGAGUCCGAAGGGCAAGCUGAGGAUCUUGUAUGAGUGUGGACCUAUGGCUAUGGUGUUCGAGAAUGCUGGUGGCCAAGCUGUCGACAGCAAGAUGCGCCGGAUGAUGACUGUUGUUCCUGAGCAUAUCCACGACCGCAGCGGUAUCUUCUUGGGCAGCUACGAGGAAGUGCAGAAGGUCAUUGACGUCCACAAGAAGCAUGGCAUAACUGGGUCGUAA